CGAGUGCCGUUUCGGUUUAACCUAGUGUGGGAUUGAGUCUGUGAGGGAGCGAUUGAGUGUGUGAGGUACUGAGGUGAGGCGGAGGCAAGAAAAGGAACUCCCUCAGGAGCGAGGGACAAAGGCUGUGUGAGGCACCUAGGCCGCGGGACCUGAGCGACAGGAAGCCACUCCGAGUCGGGCUACCGGGUAGGGGAAAGGCCCGUGCGGUCCUCAUUGGGCUCCCGAGCCGGAGUCGGCCCCGCAGCCCUGGGCCGUCGGCUUCCUACUUCCUCGACCUCGCCGGCCCCUGUGCCUGAGGAUUGGCGCCGCGUGAGGAGGAGGGCAAACGGACUUGAGCGGCUGCUCGUUGUCUCGCAACCCCACUGCUGAGGAACUCUCGUUUCUUCCCUGGCUCCUUCACCCCUACCUCAUGUAGGAGGGUGCCGAGGAGUCGGGAGGGAGGAGGGGCCUGCGCCGCGGUCCCUUCCCUCCCCACCCCCUACUAGGGGUGCUGUGGUAGGCGUGGGGUUGGGAUUGGGGGGAGGGUGGGGGUUACUUUUUGGAGUGCUGGGGAACUUUCCCCCCUGUUGAAGCCAGGGGAAAGGGGAUGCCCAAUCCAGAGAGACAUGGGGGCAAGAAGGACGGGAGCGGAGGAGCUUCUGGAACUUUGCAGCCGUCAUCGGGAGGUGGCAGCUCCAACAGCAGAGAGCGUCACCGCUUGGCGGCGAAGCACAAGCGGCACAAGUCCAAGCACUCCAAAGACAUGGGUUUGGUGACCCCCGAAGCAGCACCUUUGGGGACAGUUAUCAAACCUUUGGUGGAGUAUGAUGACAUCAGCUCUGAUUCAGAUACCUUCUCUGACGACAUGGCCUUCAAAUUAGAUAGGAGGGAGAACGAUGAACGUCGUGGAACUGAUCGGAGUGACCGCUUGCACAGACAUCGUCACCACCAGCACAGACGUUCCCGGGACUUACUAAAAAGUAAACAGACAGAAAAAGAAAAGAAACAGGAAGUUUCCAGUAAGUCGGGAUCAAUGAAGGACCGGAUAUCAGGAAGUUCAAAGCGUUCAAAUGAGGAGAAUGAUGACUAUGGGAAGGCACAGAUCUCAAAAAGCAGCAGCAACAAGGAAUCCAGGUCAUCCAAACUCCACAAGGAGAAGACUCGAAAAGAACGUGAAUUGAAGUCUGGGCACAAAGACCGGAGUAAAAGUCAUCGGAAAAGGGAAACACCCAAAAGUUACAAGACAGUGGACAGCCCCAAACGGAGAUCCAGGAGUCCCCACAGGAAAUGGUCUGACAGCCCUAAGCAAGAUGAUAGCCCCUCAGGAGCUUCUUAUGGCCAAGAUUAUGACCUUAGUCCUCCAAGAUCUCACACCUCCAGCAAUUAUGACUCUUACAAGAAGAGUCCUGGAAGCACCUCAAGAAGGCAGUCUAUUAGUCCACCUUACAAGGAGCCUUCGGCCUACCAGUCCAGCACCCGGUCACCCAGUCCCUACAGUAGACGGCAGAGAUCUGUGAGUCCCUAUAGCCGGAGACGUUCCUCAAGCUAUGAAAGGAGUGGCUCUUACAGUGGGAGAUCACCCAGUCCCUAUGGUCGACGGCGAUCCAGCAGCCCUUUCACCAGCAAACGGUCUCUGAGUCGGAGUCCGCUCCCCAGGAAGUCCAUGAAGUCUAGAAGUAGAAGUCCUGCAUAUUCAAGACAUUCAUCUUCUCAUAGUAAAAAGAAGAGAUCCGGGUCACGUAGUCGACAUUCCAGUAUCUCACCUGUCCGACUUCCAUUGAACUCCAGCUUGGGAGCUGAACUCAGUAGGAAAAAGAAGGAAAGAGCAGCUGCUGCAGCAGCAGCAAAAAUGGAUGGAAAGGAAUCCAAGGGUUCACCUAUUAUUUUGACUAGAAAAGAAAACAGUUCAGUAGAAGCUAAGGAUUCAGGUUUGGAGUCUAAAAAGUUACCCAGAGUUUUAAAAUUGGAAAAAUCUGCCCCAGAUACUGAACUAGUGAAUGUAACACAUCUAAACAUAGAAGCCAAAAAUUCUUUAGAUACAGGGAAAGUAAAGGUGGAUGAGAACUCUGAAAAGCAUCCUGUUCUUAAAGAUUUGAAAGUACAGGGAUCAAGAGACACUAAACCCAUGGCAUUGAAGGAGGAGAUUGUUACUCCAAAAGAGACAGAGACAACAGAAAAGGAGACCCUUCCACCUCUCCCCACAGUUACUUCUCCUCCACCUCCUUUACCAACUACUACCCCUCCACCUCAAACCCCCCCUUUGCCACCUUUGCCUCCACUACCAGCUAUUCCACAGCAACCACCUCUGCCUCCUCCCCAGCCAGCAUUUAGUCAGGUUCCUGCUUCUAGUCCUUCAACUUUACUCCCUUCUGCCCACUCAAGGACGUUUACUCUGUCCUCUCAGGCAAAUUCUCAGCCCUCUGUACAGGUUUCUAUGAAGACUCAAGUGUCUGUAACAGCUGCUAUUCCACACCUAAAAACUUCAACGUUGCCUCCUCUGCCCCUUCCACCCUUACUACUUGGAGAAGAUGACAUGGAUAGUCCAAAAGAAACUCUGCCUUCAAAACCCGUAAAGAAAGAGAAGGAACAAAGGCCACGUCACUUACUCACGGACCUCCCUCUCCCUCCAGAACUCCCUGGUGGGGAUCCAUCUCCACCUGACUCUCCAGAACCAAAGGCAAUCACACCACCUCAGCAACCAUAUAAAAAGAGACCAAAAAUUUGUUGUCCUCGUUAUGGAGAAAGAAGACAGACAGAAAGUGAUUGGGGGAAACGCUGUGUGGACAAGUUUGACAUUAUUGGGAUUAUUGGAGAGGGAACCUAUGGCCAAGUAUAUAAAGCCAAGGACAAAGACACAGGAGAGCUAGUGGCCCUGAAGAAGGUGAGACUAGACAAUGAGAAAGAAGGCUUCCCAAUCACAGCCAUUCGUGAGAUCAAAAUCCUUCGGCAGCUAAUCCACCGAAGUGUUGUUAACAUGAAGGAAAUUGUCACAGAUAAACAAGAUGCACUGGAUUUCAAGAAGGACAAAGGUGCCUUUUAUCUUGUAUUUGAGUAUAUGGACCAUGACUUAAUGGGACUGCUAGAAUCUGGUUUGGUGCACUUUUCUGAGGAUCAUAUCAAGUCAUUCAUGAAACAACUAAUGGAAGGAUUGGAUUACUGUCACAAAAAGAAUUUCCUGCAUCGGGAUAUUAAAUGUUCUAACAUUUUGCUGAACAACAGUGGGCAAAUCAAGCUAGCAGAUUUUGGACUUGCUCGGCUCUAUAACUCUGAAGAGAGUCGCCCUUAUACAAACAAAGUCAUUACUCUGUGGUACCGACCUCCAGAACUUCUGCUGGGGGAGGAGCGUUACACACCAGCCAUAGAUGUUUGGAGCUGUGGAUGCAUCCUUGGGGAACUGUUCACAAAGAAGCCUAUUUUUCAAGCUAAUCUGGAGCUGGCGCAGCUAGAACUGAUCAGUCGACUCUGUGGUAGCCCUUGUCCAGCUGUGUGGCCUGAUGUUAUCAAGCUGCCUUACUUCAAUACCAUGAAACCGAAGAAGCAAUAUAGAAGGCGUCUACGAGAAGAAUUCUCUUUCAUUCCUUCAGCAGCACUUGAUUUACUGGACCACAUGCUGACACUAGAUCCUAGCAAACGUUGCACAGCUGAGCAGACCCUACAGAGUGACUUCCUUAAAGAUGUCGACCCCAGCAAAAUGGAUCCUCCAGACCUCCCCCACUGGCAGGAUUGUCAUGAAUUAUGGAGUAAGAAACGGCGACGGCAGCGACAAAGUGGUGUUGUGGUAGAAGAGCCACCUCCAUCCAAAGCCUCUCGAAAAGAAACUACCUCAGGGACAGGUGCUGAGCCUGUGAAGAACAAUAGCCCAGCACCACCACAGCCUGCUCCUGUCAAGGUGGAGCCUGUGGCUGGGGAUACAAUAGGCCUUGGUGACAUCACACAACAAUUGAAUCAAAGUGAAUUGGCAGUAUUAUUAAAUCUGCUGCAGAGCCAAACUGACCUGAGCAUCCCUCAAAUGGUACAGCUGCUUAACAUCCACUCCAACCCUGAGAUACAGCAGCAGCUGGAGGCCCUGAACCAAUCUAUCAGUGCCCUAACAGAAGCCACUUCCCAGCAGCAGGACUCAGAACCCAUGGCCCCAGAGGAAUCUGUGAAGGAGGCACCCCCAGCUUCAGUGGUCCAGCCUUCAGCAGAACAGAAGACCCCUGAAGCUUCAAGCACACCAGCUGACAUGCAGAAUAUGUUGGCAGUUAUCUUGAGUCAGCUGAUGAAAACCCAGGAGCCAGCAGGCAACCUGGAGGAAAACAACAGUGACAAGAACAGUGGGCUACAGGGGCCCCGAAGAACUCCCACAAUGCCACAGGAGGAGGCAGCAGAUGGUGUUAAAAGAAGUAACCCUUCCACAGCAUGUCCUCCUCACAUUCUUCCACCAGAGAAGAGGCCCCCUGAGCCCCCCGGACCUCCACCGCCGCCACCUCCACCCCCUCUGGUUGAAGGCGAUCUUUCCAGCGUCCCCCAGGAGUUGAACCCAGCCGUGACAGCCGCCUUGCUGCAACUUUUAUCCCAGCCUGAAGCAGAGCCUCCUGGCCACCUGCCACAUGAGCACCAGGCCUUGAGACCAAUGGAAUACUCUACCCGACCCCAUCCCAACAGGACUUACGGAAACACUGAUGGGCCUGAAACAGGGUUCAGUGCCACUGACACUGAUGAACGCAACUCUGGUCCAGCCUUGACAGAAUCCUUGGCCCAGACCCUGGUGAAGAACAGGACCUUCUCAGGCUCUGUGAGCCACCUUGGGGAGUCCAGCAGUUACCAGGGUACAGGGUCAGUGCAGUUUCCAGGGGACCAGGACCUCCGUUUUGCCAGGGUCCCCUUAGCAUUACACUCAGUGGUCGGGCAACCAUUCCUGAAGGCCGAGGGAAGCAGCAACUCUGUGGCACAUGCAGAGACCAAAUUGCAAAACUUUGGGGAGCUGGGGCCAGGAACCAGUGGAGCCAGCAGCUCAGGAGCAGGCCUUAACUGGGGGGGCCCAGCUCAGUCUUCUGCUUAUGGAAAACUCUAUCGGGGGCCUACAAGAGUCCCGCCAAGAGGGGGAAGAGGGAGAGGAGUUCCUUACUAACCCAGAGACUUCAGUGUCCUGAAAGAGUCCUUCCCUGUCCAUCCUCCAUCCAGUCCUCUGAACCUUUAAUGAAAUCAUUUGCCAGAGCGAGGUAAUCUUCUGCAUUUGGCUAUUUCAAAGCUAUUCAUUGUAUUCCUUGCUCACUUGCUACUAAGCACGAGACAUAAAAUAAUGAUGUUGGCAGCAUUUCCCCCUGGAUGGGUUGGUUAUAGUCAGAACAUUUAGUUCAGCUCUACCUAGUAAAUAUAAGUAGAGAAUUUGGAGAGGGUCAUUAAAUGGAAAAGUAAACGCUUUAUUAGUUCAUUGCCCGCACAUCUUGAGCAGAAGAAAAAGAGAACAGUUUCAGUUUUUUGAAAUGGCCCAGGAAGAGGCUCUUUAGGUUUUGAGGAUUAUUUUUUUAUGUUUUGUUCUUUUGAAUUUAGUUUUUUGGAUUUUUUGUUUUGUUUUUUAAAGAAAGAAUAGUGUUCACAAAAUUUGAGCUGCUCUUAGGCUUUUGCUGUAAGGGGCAAAGAGUGACUGACUGAUUUAAAUAAAUGUUUCCUUCCUCUCCACCACCUCACAUUUUGCUUUCAAGUAAACUCUUCUUUUUCCCCCAUUGAGCAUCUUUAACAUUCCUUUUUUCCAAAUAAAUUACUCAUCCUUAAAGUUUGCUCUGUUUUGGCAAAAGACAUGACCCCUUUUCCUGUAUAUGAAGCAGGUUGUAGAAAGUGGCAUUCUUGGGCAAGUAGGUAGACUUUAUCCCAUCUUUUUCCUUUUUUACCCCAUCUUCAUAGAGGUUUUCUUUGUCUCUUUUUGAGGCAUUUGUUUGGAAAAAAAUUAAUCGUUGAGAUGCCCAAGAACCUGGGAUAAUUCUUUACCUUUUUUGAAAUAAAGGAAAGGAAAUUCAAACUCCUUUUUUGUUCUCUGUAACUCUUCAAUUCUAAAAUGUUUUUCGUUUUUUUUUAAAACCAUGUUCUGAUGGUGAAGUUGAUUUAUAAGUGCAGACAGCCUAGGCCAUUGCUGCUGAGUUGGGACUAGAGAUGAUGCCUUCAGACCUAGAGGACUAGAAAGAGCAGUUAGCAUACUGUUUACACAUAUAUUUUUAUGUAAAAAAAUAAACCCAAACCUUUGAAACAGAGCAUUUUAAUAUUGUCAAAGAGAAAAUAAACAUCCUGAAAAUACAUGGAAAUGUAAUUAGUUUAGGGUAGAUAUUUUUCUGAAGAUAUUUCAAUACCUGAGACCUUUUAAGAAAAUACUUUUGAAAGAGCAGAACAUAAGAACGAACAGUAUUGACAUAUACACAUCUCUGCAUGUAUAUCCUGCCAAUUCUUUUAGGGAUUUUCCUCUGGAGAGAUUGGGUUUUGGUAAAAGGGGUGAAAUUAUGAUCUCAUGGCAAGUAUUUUUCCUUAUUAUAAAGAGGAAAUGGAAAAGGGAAAGGCUUUCAGGGUGGGAUAACGGGAGGCUUCUCAUUCUGGCUUUUGUUUCUAUGUGAGUACCAGCAUAUAAUGUGUUCUAGGAACAUACACAUUUAUAUAAAUUAUCUGCACAGACUUAGACAUUUGUGAAAAAUAGGUUAGCUCCUUUUUUUACAAAGAAAAGGCAAAUGUGCUUCAGCAUCUUGAAUAGUUUUCAGAACUCAAGUGAAGUUUCAUGUUUCAAUGCCAAGUUCUUACAUUAAAAAAUUAAAGACUACUUGUAAGAGAAAGAUGCACUAAUAAAAAACUUUAGAGAAAUGAAAGAAGAACCCUCUUCAGAUACUUACAUGAAGAUUAUUUUUCCCUGUCACCGAAAUAGGUAGAUUCCUGGUGUGUGUAUUUCUUUAUUCUUUGGGUUUUGGUCUGGCCUUGCCCUCAGGGCCAAACGUUGAUGAGAAAGAACCUACUAGCCAUUUUGGCUUUGAUGGCUUUUUAUACCAAUAUGUCCAAUUAGAUUUGCUAGGUUCACUGACAUGGUAUUGGUAUGUUGCAUUAAAGUUCAUCUAAACUUUUUUUUUUCUUCAAUAUUUUGUAUUGAUGUUUAGAGAGGAAGGGAGAGGGAGAAAGAGAAACAUCAAUUGGCUGCCUCUUUCACAACCCCCAACUGGGGAUCAAGUCCACAACCUGGGCAUGUGCCCUGACUGGGAAUCGAACGGGCAACCUUUUAGUGCACAGGACAAUGCCCAACCAACUGAGCCACACCGGCCAUGGAAUCUGAACCUUUUGUCUGUUGACUUCUUAGUCCUCAGACAUGGACCUUUGUAUUUUAGAAUAUUUGAAUUUGAGGCAUUGAGCCCCACUUUCCCAGUUUUGAUUAAAGAACUCAGAAGUACAUAUUCAAUGGGGAAAAAAAUUGGUUUCCCAUCAAAUAUGAAUAAAAUUUUCUAUACAUUUUAAUUAUAUUUUGAUUAUCAGCAGUCAUCAAUAAUACUUCUUCCCCUUAUCACACCUUAU